AAACUAUUUCGUUAAAUAAGCUUUCUUCUUUCAACUCCACUGCGUAUUCUCUAUACAUAUAACGGCAAAUUAGGGUGACAUCUCUCCCAAGCAUUAGUGUCCUCUACGUGUGAUACCAAUGGAGAUCCGUUUUCCCUUCUUUCAACUCCUUUUCACCUUCAUCUUCGUCAUCUUGCCCAUCACCUUUAAAAUUCUACAGAAAUAUAAAACAGCAAAGCUGCCCCCAGGGCCUUGGAAGCUUCCCCUCGUAGGAAACCUCCACCAGCUUGUUGGCUCCCUACCCCAUCACUCCCUCAGAAACCUCGCAAAAAAAUAUGGCCCCGUUGUGCACCUACAGCUUGGCCAAGUAUCCACCGUUAUAAUUUCUUCUCCAGAUAUGGCGAAAGAGGUCAUGAAAACCCAUGAUAUAAUCUUCGCGUACAGGCCCAAUCUUCUCGCUGCUAGAAUCAUGUCUUACGAUUCAACAAACAUUGCUUUUUCUCCUUACGGCAAUUACUGGAGACAACUACGAAAAAUUUGUAUGAUGGAGCUUUUAAGUCCAAAUCGUGUACAAUCAUUCCGAUCUAUCAGAGAAGACGAAGUAGAAACUCUCAUAAAAACUAUAUCUUCAUCUGCAGGAUCACCCGUCAAUCUUGGAGAGAAAGUUUUCUCAAUGAUUUAUAGCAUAACCGCAAGAGCUGCCUUCGGCGAAAAAUGCAAAGAUCAAGAACAGUUUAUGUCACUUAUCCUGAGAAGUUCAGCGCUAGCCGGAGGUUUCUGCUUAGGUGAUAUGUACCCUUCAGUGAAAGCGCUUCAAGUGAUCAGUGUGUCAGCAUAAAAUAGUUUUAAAUCAGUAAAACAGAGUAGAUCAGAGUAUAA